CUACCGCUAAUUAGGACGCCGAGAGAGUGAUUAGUCGGUUUACCACUGGUUCUCUCCCUCAAGCGAACUCUAUCCAGUUUAUAUAGAUAUCUUGGAAGCGCAAGACAAAGAACUACUACUGACGCUUACUUAAAGUUAUCCCCAACAAUGAAUUCAUUGUUAACAUCUUGUUUUAUUUAUCGUAAAAUAAUUUUACCUUGCAUCGUUAUCACUGGUUUAACGGUCACCAUUAACAAUUGUUUAGUGUCAGUAAAUGGAGAUACUAAAAUACGUAAGCGUUAUUUGGUUCACCCGCCGCCCAGCGACUGGGCAGCUACUAAAAUGCAGUUGAUUGCUGGUCUAGGGUUGCCGAUGGAUGUCGACGUUAGUACGAUCAUCGGGUAUGUUGUCAAAUUCAAUUAUGAUCUCCCUUACAACGCCUCUGAUUUAACGGAGCCUUACAUACGCUAUCAAAGAUCCACUUUUUAUCAAAACCCCGAAGGAUUUAGUUCACGCUGGAAGAUUUACCGGAUGAUCGAGUCAACUUUAGUGGUUUUUAGUUCAGGAAGAAGCUGCCUCUUAAGAGUGAUUUGUGAGACUGCUGCAGUCCCUUUCUCGAGAUCACAAGGAAUUUUACCGCAACUUAUUCAUAUUCUCCUCACCCCUUCGCUGACCGACGAAAAAUAUCUGGAGCACACGGACCAGGAGUUCAGAGCAGCUGAGUUCAAAGGGAGAAAAUAUCCUAAUGAUUGUCACAAAAUUUUUCCCGAUUGCAUUGAAAGUCCUCUGGAUUAUUUCACGGAGGUAAUUCAAGAGUCGUUAAUCGAGUUUACGGCAAAGAACGAACUACAAGGACUUAAAAAACAUUUACUCGCAAUUCUUGGCUUUGAUUGCGAAUUCACAUUUAUAAUUACAAUGAAAGUUGAAUUAUUUUUUGCGGUUAUUAUUUUCUGGAACAAGAGCUGCAGCCGCGCUAAAAGCGCUUUAAGAGAGGAGAGAAGUCUUAUUUACCCCUCGCCAUCCCAGCUAAUCCUGAUUUUCGGUCUGGGUACGCCCUUGCAGUUGGACCGAGAGAGCGUUAUCGUCGGUGCAUUUACGAAAUUACUCUACAAUCUACCAUCAAAUGUUACGGACUUAACUUCACCAGGGACAAUAAAUUACCGGGAUGACAAGAGCAAAACCCGGUGGAAUAUUUACAAACAAUUUGAAAAAUUAUCGGAGCUUUACGGAUUGGGAGGAAGAGUCUGCCUGCUGAAAGCGAUAUGCCAAGUAACUCACACCCCCUUUGACCACAACCACGGUCUGCUUGGCCAACUUAUUCAGACAUUCUUAACGCCCUCAAGCACUGCCGAGUCUUAUGAGAACCACGAGGAUCAGGAAUACCAUUCUGCGGAAAAACUCGGCAGGCACGUGGGCGAAUUCUGCCACGCCCUAUAUCCGGAAUGCACAAGAACCGUGCUAGACGUAUUUUCAACUACGACGGAGCUUUUCUGAAGAAAAAGGCCCUUUAUUCUUAACUCUACGCUGCGUAUAAAACCAACAACUUUAUUAAUUUUUAUUCCAUCUUGUAUAUUUAUAUAUUUAACUUGAUGAUUCCAUAAACUUUUAUCCUUCUACCCGGUUGUGUAACUGCUACAUCGCUAGAACAUCUCUUGUAUUCCGCCACUGCAUUCCUCCCGGUACUUUCAUUUGCCAAAACCCCGGAUUCAUGAAAUUCUUCGGACACUGAAACAACUGCUGUGAGAUUUCAGCUAAGA